GCAACGUGAAACUGGAUAAAAGCGACUGUACUGGUGGCUUGUUUUUCCACUGAUAGCAAUAACGCUUGCAGGUUGGUGAAGCUAAGUGCAUUGAUGAAGUGAUUACGGAUUGCAUGGAAGAGUCGCAUUUCCGCUUCUGAUCGGAACAUAACUGUCUUGUUUUGUCUGCACAGGCAUCAAAGAUGAACAAGGGAACCGUUACACAAACUGGUCGAAAUAAAGAAAGGGAAAAUGAUCCUUUCACAUCCAUUGAGGACAGACUAAAACCGCUUUUACUGUCAAUGAAAAUAAUGGGGAUUUACUUCGAUCCAACACAAGCGAAAAACAAAGUGGAACCAUCGGAAACAUAUGCCUCCAAGACCAACCCACCAGGAUGGUGGCGCUCCAUCAACCGUCUCUACUGUUAUACCGUUCUCCUCUUACUGUGGUUCAACUUUGGCCGAUGUGCAGUUGGGGUGUUCCCUCUUGAUGAGGGUUUGCCACUACGGAUUAUUCUAACGACAUGGGUGUUGCUUUGUGCUCUCAGUGCUGCUAUCAUAGUCGCUGCAUGUCAGAAACUUACACACUUUCGUUCCUUCUACAAGCAUUGGGAUUCCGUGUUCCAGUGUCCUUCAACAAACAACAUGGGCUGUGGUUCUAAAUUUCCAGCACAAUAUUUGAAACUUGGUACAGCAACGGGAUGGUUUCUCGGUACUUUCAACGUUGCCGCUCUCUGUACCAUCAUGUUUUACGAUUUACCCAUAUCACCGGUUUACCUUAAAGCUUUUGCCCGACCAUUCCCAGAGUCCAAAUGGGUGAUCAUCUUCAACAUAGUCCUACACAUGUUUCAAUCGGGUGUCUGGCUUUUUCCGAUUAUUUUUAUUAGCAUAAUUGCUCGAGUCAUUCGAGCACAGUUCUUACAGUUAGCAAAAAUCUUAUCAAGACAGAUCCAGGAAGCAGAUGGACACUUCCCCGAUCAGCUGACAGAACUGAGAUUUCACUACACCCAACUGUGCCAGGCUGUGGAUAUCGUAAAUAGAAGCUUCAAAUGGCUUCUUGGAGUGCGUUUCAUUCUUGACAUAUUUCUUGCCUGUUUUGUUUGCUACCAAAUAAUCAACGGACCACUGGAUAUUUUCGUCAUCGCCGUUAAUGUGUUCUGGCUUGGAGGUAGUGUUAUGUGCACCCUUGUGUCAGCAAUGUGCAGCUCCGGUGUCCAUGAUGCAGCUCAUUCCCUUUUGGAUGACAUAUUCAGUAUCGGAACACAGGAUGUUACUGUUGAGCAGCUGGGACAGCUUAACCUGUUUCUAUCCAAGUUGACAGGCACAUCCGUUGGGUUUACAGCUAUUGACUUCUUUGUCAUCACUAAAGAGUUCAUUCUCACCCUGAGUGGACUGUUCAUGACCUACUUCUUCCUCCUGCUCCAGUUCAAGAUAGCCUGAGUCGAGGUGAACACACAGAGGUGAUGACAACACUAGAACUGUCAUCCCAAUGUAUGUGAAUGAAUGUCGUGUUCAAAUAUUUGAAGGUUGUGGGUUUGUCACGACACAACAGUCCCAGGUGUUCAAUGUCUUGCUAUGUCCUCUUACGAGAGCGGUUGUAACAGGACUGUGUAUGUAACUUGCCAGCCGCCCUGCGCCUUAGUCUUACAGCAGAAACCACGCCAGCUUAUGGGGCGUCGGAAAAAGGUACAGACUGUCCACACAUCCUCAGGAACCGCAUAGGUUGGGAUCUGCAGUGUUGCAUUCAGUGUUGCAAGUGAUGUUGCACUCAGAUGUAGUGGUGUACUCAAUAGUCCUGUACCUUCUGAUUGCAUUGGGCAUAACGAUGAUUGUAUGUCAAUUUAGUGUGUGUAAUGAAUAAUGUUUAAUAUUUUACCUGUAGCAUGGAUCAUUUUUUCAGAUAUGUUCUCAUUAUGGGGUAUUUGCGCAAGCCAAAGACGAUAUACAAUGCUUAUAUUCAACUGUCAUAAAACAUGUUACGUUUUCAUUGUUAGGUUGGGGGUAUCGUUUCAUAUUUCGUGUGAAAAAUAGUGCGGAGGAUCAAAUGAAAAUAAAAGUGAUGUAGUGUCAGUA